UUAAUAUUCAUGUCCAUUUUCUCAGGAUUUUGGGCAGUGAGAAAACAGGGGAAGCCUUUCCAACCAUGGUCAUUGAGGUUCUAUCCUCUCCACAUAGGAGAUCCCAAAACCCGUUCUGUCCUCUCUCGCCAGCAUUCAGGAAACAGCUCCACGGCCGUGACGAGUUAGGAAGUUGGUCAACUGUCUUCGAACGGCACCGCUUUCUCCUAACGACGCUGGCCCUCUUGACUAUCCUUUGCUCUGUUUAUCUCUACUUUGCCAUCACUAUGGGGGCUGCUGGUGGAUCGUGCUCUGAGAUGACGGGAACUCAAAAGGCGUUGUGCCGUUUGGAGCAGGCGAAAUCUUCCAUGUCCCAGGUGGGGAAGUUGAAGUUCUUCUGACGACGGAUUCUGCCAUAGCUGCAGCUGAAAAGGGUUUAUAUGGUGUGGUGUGUGGGCCAUUUACAAGGUUCAGAUGCCCCUUUCAUCAUUUAAUCAUUCAUACCUCAAAUGAUCAUGGAUUUAUGUGUAUUUAGCUUUUAUAGGUUUGGUUAUAAGCUUGGUUUAGAAGAGCAAUGAUUCUGAUUAGGAAGUAAUGUGAUUAUAAUGUUGUUUGGCAAUGGCAGUUCUCUUUAUGAUGGUGACAAUGAUGUCAGCAACAAUAUUUUUUUAGGAGUUAUAUAAUUUAUAUAUUACUCGGCGUUGUAUGA